GAAGAGUGCCAAAAGCGUUGCGAAUUUGGUCUCAUAGGAGAAAUGUUUUUACUGGGAGCUGGAAUUUCUGCAUUUAUUACCUACGUCUUUAUUAGUAUAGCAUUAUUCACACAAGGUUGGAAAACCGCCGCUGUUAACGCUCAACUAAAUGUCAAACGGUCUAAAGGAAUCUUCCCCUGGGGCUGUGUCAACGACAAUACUUGUGACAUUUUCUGGGAGAAUGCUGACGGCUGGGCAAUCACAACUUUUCUUGCAAUGAUUUUCGCUUGGAUAGUACAGUUCUUCGUUUUGAUAUCAGUCAUCGCAGCUCUAGUUCUCAAUAGUUGGCGUUAUCAUCUCUUAAGAGGAUUUACGAGCCAGCAACUUAUAGUGACCAUACUAUUGCUGUAUGUGCUCAUUGUCUAUGCCGCAACUUAUGACAGAAAUACUCAGAUGCUCAAAGCGUUGGGCGUGGAUAUCUAUCUCGACUAUUCUUACUGGCUCUGCAUGGUUGGGACCAUCUUCUCAUUCGCCAGCUUGAUUCUGGGAGAAAUGUCUGUCAGAAAUGAGGGCUGAUACGACUAUCAAUAGUUUGUAUCUACCACAUUCGAACUGUUUUUAAAAUUAGUAAUCAAGUACAUUUCAACUUCAUCAUGUUAUAAAGAACAUAAACUAUCGCUUCUGUUGUCUAAGUGUAAAAGUUCCAAAAAAUUGAAUUUGGGUACCCAAUGUACGCUGGCGCUGUGUUCAAAAUAGACGAAUUUUGCUUCUAUCAGAUGUUGUUGGAACUUGCUGAACAAUGAACUGCUUUU